AUGGGCUCUGCGACAUGGCCCUCGCCUGCGAGUUAUCUCGCCCUCUGGCCAAUCUUCAACCUGAGACGAACCACCAUCUCCAUCCUCGUCAUUCCCUGCGUCGCUGCUCUCGAUCCGUUUGGUCCGGAUCACAGAAGCUUUGCCCUCUGCGUCGUCCGUGGUGACUCCAAGAUCACCGGCUCCAUCGUCUUCGAGCAGGAGUCCGAGUCCGCCCCUACCAAGAUCACCUGGGACAUCUCCGGCCAGGACGCCAACGCCAAGCGUGGCAUGCACAUCCACACCUUCGGUGACAACACCAACGGCUGCACCUCCGCCGGCCCUCACUUCAACCCCCACAACAAGACUCACGGUGCUCCCACCGACACCAACCGCCACGUCGGUGACCUCGGCAACAUCGACACCGAUGCCAACGGCAACUCCAAGGGCUCCACCGAGGACUCCUUCGUCAAGCUGAUCGGCCCCGAGUCCGUCAUCGGCCGCACCAUCGUUGUCCACGGCGGCACCGACGACCUCGGCAAGGGCGGCAACGAGGAGUCCCUCAAGACCGGUAACGCCGGUCCCCGUCCCGCCUGCGGUACGUGA